AUGGUAGUUCCAGCAAUCAAACCAGGAGAAGUGGUUCACUGCUCGAGCGAGGAGGACUAUUUCGAAAUUCUGCAACUCGCUGGAGAUAAGCUGGUUGUCGUUGACUGCUUUGCUGAGUGGUGCCCGCCAUGCAAGGCUAUUGCUCCCGUCUUUGAGGCAUUUGCACGACAGCAUCCCCAAGUUGUCUUUCUAAAGGUUGAUGUAGAUCAUGUACCGACUAUCAAAUCGAUAUUGAGCGUUUGGGCCAUGCCAACCUUUGCCUUUGUGAAGCACGGAUCAAAGGUUGGAUCUUUUGUCGGAGCAAAAGAAUCAAUGCUGAAAUAUGGAAUCGAAAAUGACGGGAAUGUUGGAAUAUGUUCCAGCUGUGCCAUUAUGUAA